AUGGGAGGAAAACAAGGCAAAUCAUCGAAACACAAAGGAUAGGAGCUAGAUUCAGUGCAAAUGAAAGAUGAUUAUGUUAAAUUCAUAAAAAGAGAAUAAAUAAGAAGAGAAAACGAGUUUAAGCAACGAGUUCAUGACAAGGAGAUAAUCUACAAUCAAGUAAAACAAAUUUUCAAAAAGGAUGAACAAUCAUUUUAAAACGAGGAAGGUAAACAUUCCUAUGGAAGAUCCUAGACACCUAGAGUGGAAACAGCUCCUAAAAAAGGUAGUAAGAUUUUCAAAUAGGAUGUCGCUGAUAAGAUUAAAAAUGCUGGCUCAAAAACCCACCGCAAAAGCAGAAAUAUUGAAGGAAGAACAGGAACUGAAACAGAUACAAGCAUGAGCGGAGCCAAUAUAAGUGCUAAUCUUAUAAACAAUACUUAUAAUAAUAGUAGAGGUAUCUCAAUUUCUAAUAAUAAAUAGAAUCCAUUUUGCAAGUUGGUCCACACCACAUUAUCUUUUGGGGAGAAGUCUAAAUCUGAAAACCCUAACAUGGGAUUUAUAAGAAGAGAUUCAGAUGACAUGCUUCCGACAAUGAUACCCAUAAAGACAAUUCACCCUCACUCAUUUAAAAUAGAAAGAGUGUCAGAUGACAUAAUUCCAACUCAAAAAUUCUAAGAUCUUUACCAAAAGAAGGACAUGGAAUGGGUGCUAAUGCUAUCAAAUGAACUCAAAUAAAGAGAACCUUAAGAGUAUGCGAUGCAUCUCUUGUCGAUAAUAGAGUCAUGGCUAGAAAGAGGCAAGCCAAAGCUAGAUCCAAAGGAGUUUAGGUCUCUGUAUAUAAAAAAGAAUCCAUAAGAUAUCAACAGUUGCAAGAAUAUAAGGGGCGGAUCAAGCAUGAUGAGCAACUCCAAAAAACUAACAGUCUUGAAUAUAGGAUAGCAAAUGACUUAGAUGAUGUUUGAAGAAAAGGAGGAGUCUAUGAUGACUAAUGAUAUAAUAGGAUUGUCCUUUUAUCAGGUUUCAGAGGCUUACAGGAAAAAGUUCCUCACGCUUUACUCUCAUUUCUAGUUCGAACAUUUCCCAAUCAGAAAAAUCCUGAAUGAAUACCGAUAGUGGCUUGAAGACUUUAUCAAAGAAAAGUAGAACUCGAUUAAGCAAGCAGCUAGAAUGUUUUAGAAAGAAAACACUGCAGAGUACAUGAAGGAGCAAAUUUAGAGGCUGCUUGAGGUGCUGAUCCUGCAGAUUAAGGAUUUUGUAGGUAUAAUAUCUAGGGCGACAGUUUUGUUUUACCAGUUGGAUGUUUAAGCGGGUGAAAUUACCGAGGUAUGCCUGUAUAAUCUUCUGACAUCCCUCACUCUCAAGAAUCCUAUCUAUUCUAAGUUAUAUGAACUCUUCAAAACUGCACAUAGAGAUUAGCUCGAGUAAAUUGAGAUCCAGAUUGAAAGAGUGUAGGCUUAGAGAUGGGACUUAGGUAGAGUGCUAGGCAUAGAUGAUAUUGAGAUCGGAAGAAAAAUGAUAAUUAAGAAAAAUAAAUAGAGUGUUAUUGAAGAAGCUGAUUAAGCUUAAGAAGAUGGAUCAUCUUAAUUUAGUGAGUACAAUUAAGUAGAAAACUAGAAAGCAAAAGAAGUCUUUGAAAGGACUUUGCAGAAGCUAUUUGCAGUUCGAAGUAUUUCCUCUCCCUCAGCUAAAAUCGAAUACUUUUCGAAAAUUUUCGCAGAAGUGAUGCCUGAUGAAGGGCAAUAUGCUGCAGACUAUGUUCUUAAUUUUCUGAUAUAUUCUCUAGUCAGACUCGGAAAGAAAAGCUCACUCCUCUUUGUCGAGUCUGUGUACAUUAAAUCAUUUGCUCAUGAGGAGAUUCAAGAUAAAAUUGAUGAGUAUCAAAACAUUUCUUAAAUUGACUCAGCUCUAUAAGCUUUGAUUGAGGGAAUAGAUUAGCAUGUGAAUAAUUUAUAACAAGGAAUUGGAAGUAGAAGUGGGAGUUUGGCAAGCUAUCAAUUUGAUUACUUUAGUAACUCCUCUGAUAGAAAGAAAAGCGAUAAGUCAAGUGAAGAUAGCAUUUCAAAUGAAUCUAAGAAGUUUAAACUGCAAAAUACACUUUCUAAGAGUUCUCAAUCCAGAUAAAGAAAGAGUACCUUCUAAAAUACAUCCAUUAAUGAAAAAUCCUUUAUAACUGAUAAUAGCAGCAUUAAAGAUUAAGCUAUUAAUAAUAACUUGAAUGGCAAGUACAUUAGAGCUGCAUCUUCAUAGAAUUUGAUACUAGAAUUAUCACCUCAGAAGAUUGGUAUAUAAUAAGUACAGAGAAGUGAAGUUUAACCAGAAAUUAGUUAGGAUAAUAGCAUGAAGAAUAAGAGCGAUGAAAUGCUAGUCGCUUCUCCAGGUAACCUACCCAAAGCUAAUUUGGUUGAAGAUGACUAGGAGGAAUUGAAUCUUGAUAGACAUCAUCUGGCUAAUUUGAGAAAAGAGAGAGUCUCUCAAUGGAUCACUCAUCUUAAUUUUGAUGAAGUCAGUAAAGAACCAUAAGAUUUGCAAUCUGUGGCUCAAGGAGCUGUAGGGGAAGAUUAAAACAUAGUUAGAAUGAUUCAAAACAUGGAGCUAAUUGAAACUCAGAGCAAAAAUAUCAAAGAAAGAGAGAGAAUGAUUUUAACAACAACUGGGUCAAUAUUCAAAAAGAUGAUGGAUAACUAAGAUGGCUUAGAUGAUGAUGAGCUCAAUAAACUUGAGUCAUUCAACGAAGAUAUCUUGAAAUCUCUCAUUCAAGGCCAGAAAAGAUUCGUCACUGAGGUUAAUAAAAGUCAAAUGCAUUGA